GCGAGCGGCCGGGGGCCCGCGACUCGACGAACUGACACUUACGCCGACUUUUCCUUCGCGGUUUUUUCCCUCUCUCUCACCGUCGCGCGACCGGCGAGUUUUGGCGCGAAAAUUCGUGAGUGACGAUGACGAUAGUGUGAGUGACGCUCGCCAUGGAUGACUGGGAGCGACACGUGACUCCUCUUCUUCAGGACAUGGGCUGCUCCGCCGACGAGACUCAGGAUGACUUUUUCAAUCAGCAGGAAUUGCUGGUGGGCAGCAGCGGUGCGGCGGCGACGUCCCCGGACACGGCAGCGCCGCUGUCUCCGGGGGGCUCCGGGGUGGGGGGCGGAGCCCUGAGCCCUGGCGCCGGCAGCCACGCCAGCACGCCGGCGGCGCCCUGCUGCGACACUCCCCGACCCGUCAUCACCGACCCCGUGUCGGGGCAGACGGUGUGCUCGUGUCAGUACGACGCGCGCCUGCUCUCCUCCUACCCGCGCCUGUCCAGCGCCGCCGUCUACGGCGCACCCUACCCCUCCACGGACCAGAACCCCUACCCCAGCAUCGGCGUGGACAGUUCCGCGUUCUAUUCCCCACUGAGUAAUCCGUACGCGCUGAAAGAGGGAAGCGGCGAGAUGUCUGCGUGGACGUCGGCGGGCCUGCAGCCGUCGGGCGGGUACUACCCCUACGACCCGACGCUCGCGGCCUACGGAUACGGCGCCGGCUACGAUCUAGCGGCGCGACGGAAAAACGCCACGAGAGAGUCCACGGCCACGCUCAAGGCCUGGCUGAACGAGCACAAGAAGAACCCCUACCCCACUAAAGGCGAGAAGAUCAUGCUCGCCAUCAUCACCAAGAUGACGCUCACUCAGGUCUCCACGUGGUUCGCCAACGCGAGACGCCGACUGAAGAAGGAGAACAAGAUGACCUGGGAGCCCAAAAACAAAACCGACGACGACGACGACACGAUGUUGUCCGACGACGAGAAAGACCAGGACGAUAAAAUUAAACCUAACAAAGAUGACGAGCGCAAGGGCGACGAGCUGCUGCAGGGCAUGCACAGCCAGCUGCUGGGAUACGGCAUCAAGGAAGAGGCGAAGCGGGGCGCGGGGGAUUGCGGCGUGCCCAUCCCGGCCUCCAAGCCUAAGAUCUGGUCGCUGGCGGAUACCGCGGCCUGCAAGACGCCGCCGCCGACGGCGCAGCCCUGGCCGCAGCACGGCUACGGGCCCGAGCGCCCGGCGGCCGGGGACGGCGGCUCCAACGGCUUUGCCCUGCCGGCCACGGCUAACCUCGCGGGCGCGUACGGGCGGUACGGCGGCUUCCCCGGCCAGUACCAGCACUGCGUGCACCCGGCCUUCCCCGACGUGCAGACGGACACGCCGCCGCAGACGCCGCCCAACAUGAAGGUGCCGAGCGUCGCCAACCCCCUGGGCAGCGGCGGCGGCUACUUCCCGCGCCACCAGCAGUCGCCGCACCGCGACUACCACGCCGCGCACGCCCCCAACCACCAGCCGCAGCAGCACGAGGGCUCCGCCGCCUUCAAGCCAUUCUAUAAGAGGUAAAGUACGGGGGGCGGGGGAAGGUGGUCGCGACAGUGAUCGCUAGAGACACGUUCACAGUGGCACAGUGCUCACCCGAUCGACGAGACAAGGCGGACUCGCGCCCGGCGUUGUACACAUAGUUAUAAAUAUUAUUUCGCAACGGCAUUUGUUCUAUUAACGUGUAGAAUAAUUUUUUAAAUUCCUAAAAUUAAAAGCACAGAUUAUGAUAAUGUAAAAAGUGAUUUGUUAAUUUGUAUUUGAUAGUAAUUUCUUGUGAAUAUCAACGGUUGUCUAAUAGUACCUACGUAUGAGAAUGUUGCUCAGUAUUUUUAUAGAGUUAAGAGCCGGACCUCGCCUCCGAGCGAGUCUGUGUAAUGAAAUAAGUGAUUUUAGUGAAUUCUAGCGUAUUUAUUUUAUAAUUUCGAACGGAUUCAAAGUAUUUAUCAGAUCUUCCAAUUAGAUUGAAUUUUUUUGUUUUAAAAUCGUUUUUGAAGCGAUCGAAUAUUUAUGUGAGGUAUCGCGGGGUACGGGGUGGGGUGCGGGGGGGAUGCCGGGCCCCGCUCGUUUAUUUGUUGUGAGCCGAGGAGAACGGCCGACUCUCGCCGCUCCUCCCGUUGUUGUCGUUGUACAUAAUUGAAGUUUUGUAGAUUUUCUAUUUUUUAGUUUAUCAUCAAUGUACAAAUCGAUGGGGACUGUUCUCUCACUUUCGGCUAUCGAAAUGAACUAUAAAUAUUGUUUAAAAGUAUUAUUAGAAUACAUGUAAAUAAAUUUAUUCUGAAUAUUUUUAUUUCGCGUCCGCCCCUGCGUAGAGUAGUGGACGAGGCGCCGCGGUAGCGAGGCUGAGACGCUCCACGGUACGCACUCCACGAUUGAAACAUUUUAGCGAGCGAGUAAGCAGAUGGCAAUAUUUUUAUGUUAAUGUUGAGUGUACGUUGCAAUUGUAAGGGUGGAGGGGCCACAUCGAAGCUUAGUGAAAAUUACGUCCGACCUGUUACAAUUGCAAACUCUUGAUAUCAGUGUUACUGAAAUUCUUCCCCGCGUUUUCAUCCUACGGUGUACUUCACACGACUGUUCCAUUAAUUUUAGUAUACAUAGUCGGAAACCAGCUCAGCAGUACGUACGAUUUCGGUGACACUGGUGUAUUUAAAUAGUAUUUAGUAGAAACUUAUGCUACAUCGGUUGAUCAUAGUUUAUCUAAGAUAAUUUAUUAUACAUUAACAGUAAGCAGUCUUGUAGCAAUAAUUAUUGAUUUUUCACUUUAAGAAUGACUACACUAACCUAUCACGAUGAAAUGGACGUAGAUCGAGGCAAGUUAUUUGUAUUUCUGCAAUUAUUGUUGUAAAUAAAUGGUUUUUGGGGUACCUUAGGACCUUGCUUAUAGAACACUACUGUGGAAGAAACAGGAUAAUGUAUACAAACUUAAGGAAAAUGUCAAAUUGAAGA